AUGUUUUGUGGUCGUGAUUCCAGGUACCAACUGAAAGAUGCAAUUCUGGAAGGAGGUAUUCCAUUCAACAGGGCCCAUGGCAAACACUUGUUUGAAUACUCUGAUAUGAACCCAAGCUUCAAUAAUCUUUUUACUGCAACAAUGACCAACCGUGCAACUAUCAUAAUGAAUAAGAUUGUGGAAUCCUACCAUCGCCACCAUGUCCACUUCGCCUUCCAGAAGGACCCAAGUUCCCAACCCGCUUUCCUCAACAAGCUUGCAACACCCAUAAUCGGUUUGGUUCGGGAAAUGGCUUCUGGGCUGGUCCGAAUCGCGCUGGAAUGCGACAAGGACAAAGAGUCAGAGAAGAAGAGUUUGAGGUUGCUUCAGGAGUCUGUGUGGAGGACCUACUGCAACGGCAAAAAGUGUGGCUUUGCCACCAUAAGAGAAUGUGGAGCGAAAGACUGGGAAAUCCUGAAGGCCGUGGAGCCAAUUUCAAUGGGUGCAGGUGUUUUGCCAGUGAGUAAUAAUAGCGAUGGAGGUGAUGGGGAGGUGAUGUACAUGAGGAAUAACAAAACGUAUCAACUUACCUUCUCGAAGACGAACUCCAACCUUCAGAUCUACCUCCUCAGUUUUCGUUUCCCCGAACUGCGUUGA